CUCUCUCUCUCUCUCUCCUCUCCUUUUCUCUCUCUCAUCAAGUUGAACUCCUCCAGCGCCACUAUAUAAACCUCUCUCAUUGAUCAUCUCUUCAUCCCAUUUUCUCUUGCUUUUGCUUCAUUUUUAGUGUUUUGUGUGCUUCAAGCUACACUAUCCCUUCAGGUGAAAAUGGCCACAGUUGAGGUUGUGUCAGCUACAUCAGCACUUUCAGAGGAGAGCACUAAAGAGGAGCCAACCAAGGCUGAAGAGACAACAACCACAGAAGAGGCAGUGGCUCCAACACCACCAACAGCGGCUGAGCCACCAGCAGAAGAAGAGAAGGUAACAGAAACAGCCGCCGCACCAGAGGAACCAGCUGCUCCAGAACCCGAAGCUCCGGCCGCUGAAGUUGAGGCCAAGGAGGAGAAGGCUGUGGAAGAAGUAGCUGAGGUGGUGGCAACCGAAGAAGAGCUGGUUGUAGAGAAGAAAGAAGAGGUGAGUACUCCUAAGGUGGCACCAGAGCCAGUUGAGGAGGAAGUAAAAGAAAUUACAGAGUCUGUCAAGGCACCCGAGCCGGUGAUUGAAGCUCCUAAAGAUGAAGUUGUUGAAAAGGAAGAAGAAAAACCAGUUGAAGCUGAACAGAAAGUUGAAGCAGAAGCAACGGCUGAGAAAACUGAGUAGUAAAAAGCUUAUGGAAGUGUUUUGCUUUGGCUUUUAGUGAAAGGUUUGUGCAUGUAGUAAAGGGCAUGUUAGGUUUUCAUCAUGUUGUUGUGUUAAAGUUAAGAGUUUGGUCCAAUAAGGGUAGUUUGGUAAUAUGGGGCUUGGAAUCUAGAAAAUGAAUGGGACCCAUGUGGAUCCCACUUGUAUCGUAUGUAGCCAAUGCCGACCUGCCACGUGGAAAGAUGUAUGAGAGGGAUUUAUUUUGAUACGUGCCACAUGGGGCAUGGUUAUUGGUUUUGAGACGGUCUGGUUAGGCCUGUAAUGAUGCUUGUAUGUUGAUACACAAGAUGUGUUAUGUUAUUUUGGAUUAUUAUAUAUGAUGUUGUAGCACUUAAUUAACCCCCCCUAAUUAUUAAUAAGAUUGAUUGCAUAUGUUUACAAAUAUUCAUUUGUGUAAAAUCACCCAAUAUAUAUGCAUAAACAAUAUUCAACGAUUAACCAUUCAAAAAAGUUCAUCAACACUAAAGUUGUGUUAGGGAUGAAUUUAAGAUUCUAAUAUUGGAAGGCAAAGAUACAUAUAAUUGUAAAUUAAAAAAUUUUCUCAAAUUUUAUUAAAACAUAAUAUCCCCUAUUCUUAAUUAAAAAAACGAUUUGUGUUUGGAUCAACAUAUCCUGCAUAGCUAUAGACAUCGUUCUCUCCUUCUACCAAUUCAAGUGAUUACAAAUCUACUCUUUUAUACACCUAAACAAUUCAUGUUUUAAUCACCUAAUAAUUGAUUAGUCGACCAAACUCAGUUCGUUUGCAAUCCUAACUUUAAGAAAUUACAUUAUGCUACUAUUAUUAUUACUAUUAUUGAUAUAAUUGUAUAGUAUUUAAAAGUAAAAAAUAAACAUUCAUUUAAACAAAAAGUGAGAAUUAAUUUUCAAAGGACAGUUCCAAAAUCUUAUCGUUUCAUUAACCCCUAAUUUCAUGUAUCCUUUUGUAUGUGUCAUGACUGCGCAUGUAUUAAUGUAUAGAAACAAUUUGAUCAAGUCAAACAUUCAUGAAUGCCUAUUAUUUUCUUUUUGUUAACUUGUACAACUAUUAUCUCACAUAAAUAGAUUCUUGUUACAACCAUGCAUAACAUUUUUUUUACUAUUUUGCAUGUAAACUUUUCCCAACAUUUGCCUAUAAAAGAUCGAAAUCACACCUUUCCAUAAGCACAAAAAGUGAAUCAAAAUGGCUCUUUCCAAGAUUUCACUAGCCAUUGUUUCCUUCAUGGCCUUGACCAUGGCCCACCACUCCCUAGCCCAAAAUUCCCCACGGGACUUCCUUGCAGCGCACAAUGCUGUUCGAGAUCAAAUCGGAAUCAAGCCUCUUGCAUGGAACAACACCGUAGCCGCCUAUGCCGAGAACUAUGCUAAAUUGAGGAGUGCUGACUGCAACUUGCAACAUUCAAACGGCCCAUACGGGGAAAACAUUGCGGAGGGCUCAGGUGAAUUUACAGCGGUGGAUGCGGUGAAAAUGUGGGCGGACGAGAAACCAAAGUAUGACCACAAUUCGAAUUCAUGUGUUGGAGGAGACACUGCAGGAUGCCUACAUUACACUCAAAUUGUUUGGCGCAACACAGCACAAAUUGGUUGUGCUAGAGUUCAGUGUCAGAAUGAAUGGUGGUUUGUCACUUGUAACUAUUAUCCACCGGGAAAUUAUGUGGGUCAACGUCCUUACUAAGAUGUUUUUUUUUGGCUUACAAACGGAUGUACUACGAAGCGAUGAAACUUUGAAAUCUGAAACAUAACUCAUUUGAGUAAUAUUAAGGGAUGCCUAUG